AUAGUGGAGCACCGAAAAUAUUUUCGAUGGAAGUUCUGCUUCCAUUGCAGCACAGCACGCAUCUUGUUCCCAAACCCUCGUGCCUUGUCUGCGAACCAACGCAACCCAUUGAGCUCGCAGAAACCUGGCCUCCAUCAAUUCGAUAUGUACGUGGUAACUCCACCUCAGCGAUCGGAUCCGGGUUCAGGAUCCGGUGAUUUGCGGGUUUACCAAGCGUGGAAGUGUAGCAAUAAAUUUUUUCUUCAGGGCAGGUUCAUAUUUGGUCCAGGUAAGAUCGUUGGCCCUGAUGGUUUUUCUUAUCAUUGCUCCUGUUGCUGUUUUCUGUGUCCUUGUUGCCAGAAAACUGUUCGAUGAUUUUUCUGAUCACUUGGGGAUAACCAUAAUGGCCGUUGCUGUUGUAUUCACAAUUUAUGAAACGGGUUUCCGAUAGGAAUGCGUGUUCUUCUUGUUGAUAACGACCGAGAAAGCAUUUUCAGUUUAGAGACUAUGCUCCGAAGUUGUCAAUACCAUGUAACCACGGCUACAGAUGCAACGACAGUACUGAAGAUGUUGAGAGAAAACAAGUUUGACCUUGUAAUCAGUGAACUUCACAUGCCUGAAAUUGAUGGACUUAAGCUGCUUAAGCUCAUGCAAGCUUGGAUGGACAUACCUGUUAUAUUGUUUUCCAAUGGUCAUGACAGCAAGUUGGCGAUGGAAGCAGUUGCUCUGGGAGCAUCUGAUUAUUUGGAGAAACCAAUUAGAAUUAAAGAGCUCAAGAAUAUAUGGCAGCAUGUAGUGAAAAAAAAGAUUAAUUCUAAGAAGCAGGAAGAAAAGAUUAAUUCUAAGAAGCAGGCAGAAAAUGAGGAUGACGACUAUAAAGAGCCUGGUCAUAACAAGGAGCACCAAGCAAUCCAAAGGAAGCAUCGGGUUAUUUGGACGGAGGAGCUGCACCAGAGUUUUUUGGCCGCUGUUAAUCAGUUAGGAGGUGUUGACAAGGCUGUACCUAAACAAGUUCUUCAAGUGAUGAACGUUGAGGAGCUUACUAGGGACCAUGUGGCCAGCCAUCUUCAGAAGUAUAGAAAAAGUCUGAACAAAAUCAGCUCUAAGCCAACUCAACAAGUUAAUAACGUCAGUGCUUUUAGAUCGUCUUCACCUGGUGGGAUGAUUAGAAGAUUGGACACUCCUGCUGUUGUGCCAGAGUUGCCUUCUUCUGCAACUCUUCAAUUGGAUCAUGCACAGAACUUAAACAACUCAACCAAUGAUCAACGUAAUUUCCAAUCAGCCUUAGUUUAUGAUAAUCAAAAUAGUUUACUGGGAUUGCCAAUGUUUGGGGAGCUUGACCAACUGCUUUGGAAUGACAUGAGUUUUGCACCCUUGCAAGGAGGGAAUCUGAGUAGGAAUGAGGGUGUUGAACCUUUUAGGCAGGCUAUAAGGCCUCCUAAUAUAUAUGACAUGAGUUUUGCACCCUUGCAAGGAGGGAAUCUGAGUAGGAAUGAGGGUGUUGAACCUUUUAGGCAGGCUAUAAGGCCUCCUAAUAUAUAUGACAUGAGUUUUGCACCCUUGCAAGGAGGGAAUCUGAGUAGGAAUGAGGGUGUUGAACCUUUUAGGCAGGCUAUAAGGCCUCCUAAUAUAUAUGACAUGAGUUUUGCUCCCUUGCAAGGAGGGAAUCUGAGUAGGAAUGAGGGUGUUGAACCUUUUAGGCAGGCUAUAAGGCCUCCUAAUAUAUAUGACAUGAGUUUUGCACCCUUGCAAGGAAGGAAUCUGAGUAGUGUUACAAAUGCUCCUGGGCAAACGAGUAAUAAUGUGCCUUUUCAGAGGUUGGAUGACCAAAGACAGGAUGGCAGUCAUCCUUAACGUCAUAUUGGUAGCUAAUAGACUCACUGGUUCCGUUGAAUGGUGCUGUUUAAUUCAAAAGUUCGUAGUCCAAUGAACUCAAUCUUUUUACUGAAACUUGAACUUCGAUUCUGACUUGGAUUCUUUUGUUUUUUAAGUAGUUGA